UUGUGCGUCUCUUGAUCAACCUCACGCGGGACAAGAUGGCGGCCACAGCUGUUUCCAAAGUUCAGGAAGUUAGAGAAGUCACUAGAAUCGAAAGGAUAGGUGCACACUCUCAUAUCAGAGGGCUGGGUCUUGAUGAUGCUUUGGAAGCUAGAGAGGUAUCCCAAGGUAUGGUUGGGCAGGCAAAAGCCAGACGGGCAGCUGGUGUCAUUGUGGAAAUGAUAAAAGAAGGGAAGAUAGCUGGUCGAGCCAUUCUAAUAGCUGGACAGCCUGGAACUGGGAAAACUGCAAUUGCAAUGGGGAUGGCCCAGUCGCUAGGCCCUGAUACACCAUUUACUGCGAUGGCUGGCAGUGAGAUAUUUUCUUUGGAAAUGAGCAAAACAGAAGCAUUGACACAGGCGUUUAGAAAAUCCAUUGGUAUCAGAAUCAAGGAAGAAACCGAGAUUAUUGAAGGAGAAGUUGUUGAAAUUCAAAUUGAUCGACCAGCCACUGGUGCAGGUGUCAAAGUGGGUAAACUGACUUUAAAGACUACGGAAAUGGAAACCAUUUACGACCUUGGUGCAAAAAUGAUUGAAUCGUUGACAAAAGAAAAAGUACAGUCUGGUGACGUCAUCACAAUAGACAAAGCAACUGGCAAAAUUUCAAAGCUUGGAAGGGCAUUCACAAGAGCACGUGAUUAUGAUGCAAUGGGUCCCGAGACUAAGUUCGUCCAAUGUCCUGAAGGUGAACUCCAGAAACGAAAAGAGGUUGUCCAUACUGUCACACUACAUGAGAUUGACGUCAUCAAUAGCAGGACCCAAGGGUUCCUCGCUCUCUUCUCAGGAGACACUGGUGAAAUAAAAGGAGAGGUUAGAGAUCAAAUAAACACAAAAGUAGCUGAAUGGAGGGAAGAAGGAAAAGCAGAAAUUGUGCCAGGAGUACUUUUUAUUGACGAAGUUCACAUGCUAGACAUCGAGUGUUUUUCAUUUUUGAAUCGUGCUCUCGAGAGUGAUAUGUCUCCUAUUUUGAUCAUGGCUACAAACAGAGGAAUAACAAAAAUUCGUGGCACCAACUAUGCAAGCCCUCAUGGCAUACCCUUAGACUUGUUGGAUCGCCUUUUGAUCAUUUCAACAAUACCAUACGAUGAAAAAGAGAUUAGAAAAAUACUUACCAUCAGAUGCGAGGAAGAAGAUGUAGAAAUCUCAGACGAUGCUAUUGCAGUGUUGACUAAAAUUGGCCAAGAGACAAGUUUACGUUACUCCAUUCAGUUAAUCACCGCAUCAAAUCUUUGUUGCAGAAAACGGAAGGGAACCGAGGUCGAUGUUGAAGAUAUCAAGCGAGUGUAUUCCUUGUUUUUCGACGAAGGCAGGUCGACUCAGUUCCUCAAAGAAUAUCAACAAGAAUUCAUGUUUCAUGAGGACAUUGCUGAUAACCCAAAUGCCAUGGAGACUUAACUUCGCUGUUGUCUAGCUAUGCUUUCUCCAAGGAAGACUCCAUCAAAAUGUAGUUAUAUCUAACACCACUUUUGUCAGUUCAUGAUUCAUGACCUUUGGACUUCUUGAA